CUAAAAUGCAAAAUAUCCAGCGUAGAGGUUUUCAAUUCGGCCCCUCCCCACAAAAACAGAGCGAAAAAGUUGACUUGCAAUGGUUGUUUGAUUCCUCCUCCUCUAAAACCUCCAAUCCAAUACAACCAAACAAAUACGCAAACUCCCACCAAUCUCCGAUUGCCAUCUCCGGCAAAUUAGCAUCUGCAAUUUUACUCCGGCGGCAAUAUGUCGGAGACUGGUUUUGAUGGAGGAGAAGGGGAGCCGGCUUUGCACGGUGACAAGGUCAAAGUUGAUCCUGGGACACCACCAUCUCUGACUUGGAAAAGAAAACUUACUACCGAGGAGAGUGCUCUCUCUUCAUUCAGUUUAAGUAUAAAAGAGAUCAUCAGUAUGGCCCCUAUAGGUUAUAGACUGUGGCGACAUCUUCGAGAGGAGAAAAAUAAAUCCGCAAGCAGCGAUGUAUUUGUUGAUCCUUUCACGAAGCGCCAUACGUCAUCUUGCCAUGGGGUUCCUAUUGGUGGAAUAGGUGCCGGAAGCAUUGGAAGAAGUUGCAAAGGUGAAUUCAUGCGUUGGCAACUAUUUCCUAGGAUCUGUGAAGAUGUACCAGUCUUGGCAAACCAAUUUUCUGUAUUUGUUUCUCGACCGAAUGGUGAAAAGUUUUCUAGUGUCCUAUGCCCAAAGAGCCCAGAAAUUUUGAGUGACAGCUCAGUUUCUGGGAUAGGAUCAUGGGACUGGAAUUUGGGUGGCCAAAACUCUACUUACCAUGCAUUGUAUCCGAGGGCCUGGACCGUUUACGAUGGUGAACCCGAUCCAGCUCUAAAAAUAGUGUGUCGUCAACUUUCUCCCGUUAUCCCCAACAACUACAAGGAAAGCAGCUACCCUGUGGCUGUAUUUACUUUUACGUUGUCGAAUUUGGGAAAGACGGAAGCGGAUGCGACCUUGCUAUUUAGUUGGGCUAAUUCUGUUGGUGGGGAUUCGGGACUCUCCGGUCACCAUUUCAAUUCGAAAUUUAGGACGGAGAACACUAGUGGAGUUCUCUUGCACCAUAUGACUGCAAACGGAAAGCCUUCGGUAGCUUUUGCAAUUGCAGCAGAAGAAACGGAUGUAGUUCAUGUCUCUCAGUGCCCUGGUUUUGUGAUAUCUGGAAACUCAAAAGGUAUCACAGCUAGAGACAUGUGGCAUGAAAUUAAAGAGCGGGGAUCGUUUGACCACCUAAAUUCCGAAGAAAUGUCGUUGCCUUCAGAACCUGGUUCACUCAUUGGGGCAGCCAUUGCAGCUUCUCUCACUAUUCCACCACAAACUGUACAAACUGUUACGUUUUCUUUGUCAUGGGCUUGCCCCGAAAUCAACUUUCAGGGUGGAAGAACUUAUCUCAGGCGUUACACAAAAUUCUACGGGACUCAAAGUAACGUGGCAUCCCAGAUUGCUCAUGAUGCUAUUGUUGAGCAUCACCAAUGGGAGUCAGAAAUAGAAGCAUGGCAAAGACCUAUUCUCGAGGACAAGAGUCUUCCUGAAUGGUAUCCAUCAACUCUUUUCAACGAGCUUUACUAUCUUAAUGCAGGGGGGACAAUUUGGACAGAUGGAUCUCCACCAUUGCAUGGUUUACGUACUAUCGGCAAAAGAAGAUUCUCCCUCGACCGGUCAAAUUCCACUUUUACCACCGCCGCCGCCACCCCCACACCCUCCGACCAAAACGACACAGCAAUCAACAUCCUCGACAGAAUGACGUCACUACUCAACGAGAUCCACACUCCAGUAUCGAUGUCGUCAGCCCUUGGUACAAACCUGCUCCAGAAAGGAGAAGAAAACGUGGGGCAGUUCCUGUACCUCGAGGGAAUCGAGUACCACAUGUGCAACACGUACGACGUCCACUUCUAUGCAUCCUUCGCCCUAACGAUGCUCUUCCCCAAAAUCGAGCUCAGCAUACAGAGAGACUUCGCCGCUGCUGUAAUGAUGCACGACCCCAGCAAGAUGAAUCUCUUACAAGACGGAACUUCCGUACAGAGGAAAGUCCUCGGGGCGGUCCCGCACGAUAUCGGAAUGCGGGACCCGUGGUUCGAGGUGAAUUUCUACAGCCUCCACAAUACUGACAGAUGGAAAGAUUUGAACCCGAAAUUCGUGCUGCAAGUUUAUCGAGAUUUUGUUGCGACUGGCGAUGAAGAGUUUGCUCGAGCUGUGUGGCCGUCUGUAUACAUUGCAAUGGCGUAUAUGGAGCAGUUUGAUAAAGAUGGAGAUGGCAUGAUUGAAAACGAGGGGUUUCCUGAUCAGACGUACGAUACUUGGUCUGUAUCGGGGGUGAGUGCUUACUGUGGCGGGCUGUGGGUGGCGGCUUUGCAGGCUUCUUCGGCUCUUGCUGGUGUUGUUGGUGAUAAGGGUUCGGAGGAGUAUUUUUGGUUUAGGUUUGAGAAAGCGAAGAAGGUUUAUGAGAAGUUGUGGAAUGGAGAAUAUUUUGAUUAUGAUGAUAGUGGGAGUAGUACGAGCUCGUCUAUUCAGGCUGAUCAAUUGGCUGGACAAUGGUAUGCUCGAGCUUGUGGUCUUUCACCGAUUGUAGAUGAAGAUAAAGCACGAAAAGCGCUUGAAAAGGUUUACAACUUCAAUGUGUUGAAGGUAAAGAACGGGAGAAUGGGGGCAGCCAAUGGGAUGCUGCCAAGUGGCGAACCUGAUCUGUGUUCGAUGCAGUCGAGGGAAAUAUGGAGUGGGAUUACAUAUGCAGUUGCUGCAGGCAUGAUUCAUGAAAAUAUGGUUGAAACGGCAUUUAAAACCGCCGUUGGUGUCAGUGAAGUAGCUUGGUCUGAAGAAGGUCACGGAUACUCCUUUCAGACACCAGAGGGUUGGGAUUUCGAAGGUCGUUAUCGAUCGCUUGCUUACAUGCGUCCACUAGCGAUAUGGGCGAUGCAAUGGGCACUAACGCAGAAAAAGGUCCCGAAAAACGAGGAAAGAAAGACGCAGAUUAAGGAAGAAUCUGUGGUCAGACAACACAUUGGUUUUUCGAGGGUGGCUCAUCUGCUAAGGCAGUCCGAUGAAGCUGAUUCGAGGAGUGUUUUCCAGGUUAUAUUUGAUUACACGUGUAAGAAGAUGGUUGGCUGAAAAUACUACUACUACAACUCCAGCACAUGUACAAUAUGAUUGAGUUGAGUUAUCAUUCUUUUGCACAAGUGUGUGUGACAAACAUAUUUAUAUAUAUAAAUUUAUAUAGAAAUCCUGCAUUUAUUUUUAAGCAGGUUCUUCUUGAGAUUGAACCAAAAUGAUUGUUCUGUAAAUCAACAACCAUUUGCUUAAUCUAUUUCAAAUUUUCUUUUUUUUUUUU